CACUCUGAAGUUCCUCACAGACCUUGUCGAGUCCGCCAGAAGCCGGACCAUGAGCAUCCUCCAUCCGUCCUUCAACAUAGUCAGGUCCCUCCGAGAAGCCCUCCACAGACUCCUCCCAGACAACGUCCACCAGUUCAUCUCAGGCAAAAUGUGCAUCUCGCUGACCAGAGUGUCCGACUGGGAAAACGUCCUGGUGUCCGAGUUUCAGUCCAAAGACGACGUUGUGGACGUCUUGAUCUAUACCUCCUUCAUCCCUUACCUCUGUGGCUUAAUCCCUCCGACCUUCAGAGGCGUGCGGUACAUGGAUGGAGGGUUUACUAACACUGUACCCUGCUUCGAUGACAAGACGACCAUCACCGUGUCCCCGUUCCUUGGGGAGCAUGACAUCUGUCCUAAGGUCAAGUCCACGAACUUCCUGUAUAUGGACGUGUCCAAGAUCAGUCUCCGCUUCUGCUUAGAGAACGUCCAGCUGAUAAGGCAGAUGGUGUUCCCCCCGGAUGGCAAGGCUGGUGCUGUGGCUUUCCGACAUCCCUGCCGACGUCCUGUGGCUGUUGUCCAUCACCUCCCAGGUUUGUUCUCGAGGGAUGACGCAUCCUCUCCCCACGUCCUCCUGGGUGUAGAUGGACAAAGAGAGAAACAGCUGUUGAUGUGUGUCAGUUACUCUUAUUGA